GGCGUUGUGCGAGUAAAUGGCCCAAUGGCCUUGGUCGUAUCAGCAAUGGCCAAUUACGACAAGCGUUAUCACAGACCAAAAUUCUGACAGACGCCAUGAUUCUUGUUUUCCUUCAGUGAGUAACAGCUGACCCGAAGUGAAUUAGAAACAAAGGAAACGUAACAUACUCGCCAUCGAUGAUUGGUAUGCUCAUACAGUAUUACAGGGAUGCCCAAGGAAAAAUAUGAUCUGCCCGACCCGAGGCGGAUGUACACGAUAAUGUCCACUGAUGAGGCAGCCAACGGGAAGAAGUCAUACUGGGCUGAGCUCGAAAUCAGUGGUAAAGUGAGGAGUCUGAGCACCUCGUUAUGGACGUUGACUCACCUCACUGCUCUUCAUAUCGGCGAUAACUCCCUCUGUCGUAUCCCGCCCGAUAUUGCCAAACUUCAAAACCUGGUGUACCUGGACCUCUCAUCCAACAAGAUCAGGAGCCUGCCUGCCGAGCUUGGCGACAUAGUGUCUCUCAGGGAACUUAUUUUAAACAACAACCAGUUGAGGGUUCUACCUUUUGAGCUUGGAAAACUGUUUCAGUUACAAACACUGGGAUUAAAAGGAAACCCACUUGCACAAGAAAUAUUGAACCUCUACCAGGAGCAUGAUGGCACAAGGAAACUGCUCAACUACCUUCUGGGCAAUCUGUCAGGGACUAAACAAGUCAGCUCAGAGCAGCCUCCGCCCAGAUCAUGGAUUGUUCAGGCCGAGCCGGACCGGGCAAGAACAGCAGCCCUGUUCUCAGUGAUGUGCUACAACGUGCUGUGUGAUAAGUACGCCACGCGCCAGCUGUACGGCUACUGCCCCUCUUGGGCCCUCAACUGGGAGUACAGGAAGAAGUCAAUCAUGCAGGAGAUCCUGAACUGCAGUGCUGACAUCAUCAGCCUACAGGAAGUGGAAACAGUUCAGUACUACAGCUAUUUCCUGCCAGAGCUGAAGGAGCAAGGUUACGAGGGCUUCUUUAGCCCUAAGUCCCGUGCCAGGACCAUGUCAGAGUGCGACCGCAAGCAUGUGGACGGCUGCGCCAUAUUUUACAGAACCGAAAAAUUCAGCCUGGUACAGAAACACACGGUGGAAUUCAACCAGCUGGCUAUGGCCAACUCUGAGGGCUCUGAGGCCAUGCUCAACAGAGUCAUGACUAAGGACAACAUUGGUGUGGCUGCGCUUCUAGAGAUGCGCAAGGAGAUGAUGGAGCAGUGUGCGGGGAAGUCUCUGCACGGCAUGGAGAAACAGCUCCUCCUGGUGGCCAACGCCCACAUGCACUGGGACCCGGCAUACUCGGACGUCAAGGUGGUCCAGACCGUCAUGUUCCUGUCUGAGGUGAAGAACAUCGUAGACAAGGCCACACGCAGCCUCAAGCUCUCCUCCAUCUCCGGGGAGGCCAACGCCGUCCCACUCGUCCUGUGUGCUGACCUCAACUCACUGCCUGACUCUGGUGUGGUGGAGUUCCUGAGCUCGGGUGGAGUGGACAGCACCCACAAAGACUUUCAGGAGCUGCGCUACAUCGACAGCUUGACGAACUUCAACUGCAACGGAAAGAACGGCGCGUCCAACGGCAGGAUCACCCACGACUUCAAGCUGAAGAGUGCCUAUAAAAACGGCCUGAUGCCUUACACCAACUAUACUUUCGACUUCAAGGGCAUCAUUGACUACAUCUUCUACUCUCAGCCUACGCUCAAUGUGUUGGGGGUUCUGGGCCCUCUGGAUCCUCACUGGCUCCAUGAGAACAAUAUCAGCGGCUGUCCCCACCCCCACAUCCCCUCCGAUCACUUCUCCCUGUUUGCACAACUGGAGCUGCUCUUUCCCAACCCGUCGUCAGUCAACAGAAUCCACCUGCCAGGGCGCAGGUAGUUUUCAGAGCCACGAGGGAGCUGAUGCUCUAAUCUUGUUCUAUUUUUCCUGAAAAGUCGAUUAAGAAUAUUCUGGAUAAAUCUAUGUACAAUCAGAGGGGGCGGGGGGUACGGCAAUCAUUCCCCCCCCCCCCCAAGGAUUUUAACUGAAGCAAAAGCUCACGGCAAGCUCAACGAUAAGUCUUUACCUCCUUUCCUGGGCACAAUUUGAUGUUGUAUUUUUUUCCGCACCAUAUCACACUUUGCAGUCCUUGGUGUUAUAUCGUUUUUACAUCACCUACAGAUAAGUUGUUGAAUUGUAUUGUGUGGCAAAUGGUAAAAUCUAAAAGUGAGAUAUUUUGAUAGGGAAGGAGUCGUGUCGCCACACUCCAGCCCGAGCAAACAGGUACAUCUCAAGUUGCCACCGAUCAACUAGAUAAACCCACGAGGCCGAUAUACCUGUUUUUAACCAGAGUCUGUCUCAGCCUCUGCAACUCCAAAUCCAUUCCCUUGCAUUGCUGUAUCUUGCCAUAAAGGUGUGUUGAAUAGUGUAGCAGGUUUGGAGGUGCUGGAGAGAGCAGGCCAAACGUUAUUUUUCCACCUGCUGAUGCGGAGACCACCUCUCCAGGUGCUAAAAGCCUGUCCUCUAACUCAGCGGCUCCAUUUUAUACUGAGUGGCGCAAUUGCUCACUCCUGUUCUGGUUUUUAUAGCCUAAUAUGAACAGAGUAAAAUUAAGGGACCACUUUUUUAAUAUUUCAAAGCAUUUUUACCUUCUAAUCACACAUCAUGUGCCAUACAGAGCCAUCAUUUGAAUCUAGCGUCAGAUAUUCAAAUAUUACGACAACCACCUGUUAUUCACUCAGUGACCAUUAGUGGUUCUUAGUGACGGGGCUUAGGGAUUUAGAAAAGGGAAAAUGGUCAGUCUGACUUGACAGCUUCCCAACAUGUUGUCCUAGGCCAGAGAGCCCAUCUCUGACCGCAUAGCUGUGUAGCCAUAUGGAAUUGGUCAGGUGCCAAGUUGUGUUAAGUUGCGUUAUGGUUUAAUGCUGGGUGGACAGCCCCCUAAAAACAUGCUCCAACAGACAGAGCUGUAGCACUGUCUUAGAGGCAGGUAACAAAUGUCAAUUUUAAAGACAUCCAUGCUCUAAACAGGGUUAUUCCUUUCCAUUACUAAUAGUUUAUUGUUUGAUACAGAAACUUGGACUCAACUUGAUUGUAUAUGAACUGCAGAAGUCAUAAUAUGCUGCGUUAUUUUGUAAGUAUGGUCAGUUUUUGCAAAAAUGAUUGUAUUGUAAAUUUUAAGGCAACAUUUGUCUCCAUUUUAAAGUUAAAGAAAUAUAAAAGUCCAGCUUGUACAAUAGUUUUUUUUUUCAGGUUUCUGCUGUUGAAAUUUGUCUCUAACGUAUUUAGGUCUGUUUUUAUCAUGUCUUCAUUGUUUUCGGAGGAAGCCGAUCAUGAAGAAGCCUCAGUCUUGUGUAAAAUGGUUCUAUCUGACUCCUGAACUCAGGCCAUUCUCUUUUUAAGUUUUGUUUCAUGUUAUGUUUUUUUUGUCUACUGCUAGACCUACAGUGUUGACGCAUUCUACUUCAAGGGCAUGUGUGAAGUCCACUUACAUACAGUACAAAAAAUCCAGAGGUAAAAAUGGGGGCAGAAUGUGUUAUUCUGAAAUAUUGCUCUGAGUCCGUUGUGGUCCAGAACGGUGAUGUGGUCCAGUCCGUUGUGGUCCAGAAUGGUGGCAUGGUCCAGCUCUUUUCCAAAUCACAGUGGAUAUACAGUCGAAGUCGGAAGUUUACAUACACCUAGGUUGGAGUCAUUAACUCAGGAAUUGUGAAACUGAGUUUAAAUGUAUUUGGCUAAGGUGUAUGUAAACUUCAACUGUAUAACAUAUGAUCUGUUUCAAUUAUGGAUAUUUUCUCACAAGGCCAUUUUUCUUGUUUGUUUUUGUUCUGCUCUCCUGAAGUUUAUUUUAUUUGAAGGAUUGAUGAGCACUUUAUUCUAGAACACUAGCGUAGCUACUCGUAUGGCUUUUUUAAAUGACGCUUUUGCCUUUUUGCAAAAGCAUAUUUUUUUAAAUUAAUUUUACCAAGCAGGAGAACUGAUGGAGAGAGUACGGUCUUGGUCCUUUUCUGUUGUCCCUUUUUUUUACAAUUAAAAAAUCUGGUUGUUUUCAACAAAAGCAAUGUAUCUGUUUAAUUAUAUUGGAUUGCUGAUGGUGUUGUAACUAAGAUUUUUUUGGUGUGAAAUUGUCAAGAUGCAUCACGUUUCCUUUCUUUGACAUGAAGUAAGUGUGUGUGUUACAUAGACGUAGUAGUAUGAUUGGUUUCUUUCUUUGCUCAUUUUUUUACUUUUGUGUAAUUCUUAAACCAAAUGUCGUUUUGUAAAAAUGUUGGCACACCGAAUUCUAGAUUUGUAUGGAUGAUUUAAACAGUAUUUUUAAAGAAAAAAAACGAUUGGCAAAUAUCUAGAGAAAAUAAUCACCGAUAAAUAAAGAUUUGUCAUUGUCACAAAAUGAGAUCAACUUUUAGCUUUGUAAAAUGUUAUCGGGUGCUGGUACUGGGUAGGGGAUGUCUUGCUAGUAGCUGAAGAGCUGGCUGGCGUAAAAGGCUAUUUGCUUGUAGAUGUGCAGCAUUUUGAGGUUCCACUGACUUUUAGCCAACAUUUAUCAGACAAUUUGUCCCUUACACUGUUUCCCUGGCAGACCCUAGAGCAGGGCUCUCCGACCCUGUUCCUGGAGAGCUACCCUUCUGUAGAUUUUCACUCCAACCCCAGUUGUAAUUAACCUGAUUCAGCUUAUCGACCAUCUAAUUAUUAGUCAGGCGUGCUAGAAAACCUACAGGACGGUAGCUCUCCAGGAACAGAAUUGGAGAGCCCUGCUCUAGGGGGACUGGAGAUGUUUGACGGGUGCUACUGUUAGCACAGCCUAGUUGGCAACGUUGAGCUACUCCCUGGCACUACUUUAGGUGUCUUGACUUCAUCUCUAGCCAUUUCUCUUACGUUUGAUAACCGGUGCGUGUAUGGCCACCACCGUCAUUGGCAGAAUAUGAAUUUGAUGCGACUGACAGAUUUGUGGCGCGCCUCAUCCGUCCUUAUGAAUAGUUGACCAGAACAUGCCAAUAAUAAUGCUUUAAACUCAACUUUUUGCACGAGUUUCCAGUUUGUAAUGCUUUUGCAGAAGUAUUUGGCAGAAAUUACAAUAUCCCUGUCUUUUCCAUUUUUGUCGUCUUUUCCAUGCUAUUUCCCAAUCCAUUUACCUUUCUUUCUGAAAGUAGAGGUAGAAAUGCAGUGGUUAGGCUUGUGGCCAGCUGAAAGGGAAGAACUGUAUAGAGGUAAUGCACUGGACCAACUCUUGUUGACCAUUUUUAUGGAAUACCAGCAACAAACUUGCACAAUGUUUAAACAAUAAUAAUAUAUAUAUACACACACACAACAUAAUGGCAGCUGUUUUUAAUUAAACAAUUAAAUACAUAUUAUGUAAAGUGAAAUUGUUUACCAUGUCAUCCUCCAGUUUUCUUGGUUCGCUUCACUAGUUGUUUAUAACUGGGUCAGUUUGUUUCACUAGUUGUUUAUAACUGGGUCCGUUUGCUUCCUUUAAACCUCUGUAUUUUUCCUAUUUCUGGUUGAAAAUAAAUGCUAUAUCUGUUUUAAAUCUA